ACCCGGAUGGGGGUUGGAGGCGCGGUCCCGUCAACGUUAGCAUCUCUUUGGAUGUGUGACAUGCAGACAGCUGUUGUAGCCCUCUACACUCCUUUAGCUUUUACGACAACAUGCGACAUAACUACUGAUCACAACUAAGUAGGCUUCGUCUCUGUUACUAGUUUAGUGUGUAGAUUGAACGCAAUUUUGUUCCUAUUAUGAGCAGUCUCGGUGAGUGUUAGCUAGCCGGCUAACAGGUUACCAAGUGCCCUCAGUCAACAUGGACGCGCUGCUGGACUUCUCGGAGUGCGUCGCGGAUUCUCCUGACUUCAGGCUGAAACUGGAUCGGUUUGAAGAGGAUGUUUCUCUGCUGCAGACACAGCUGGACAAGGUGACAAGACUGUGCGGAAAAAUGGUGGAGGCGGGACAAGCGUACAAUGCAGCCAAUCAGCUGUUCCUCGCCGGCCUGGCUGAGCUUUUUGCACGGCACAAGGAGGACGGGGUCGUGGCGAAAUGCCUGAGCCAGUUCGAGCAAGGCCUGCAGGAGCUGCUCACUUUCCACACCAUGUUGUUGGAUCAGAGCCAGCGAGCCGUCAGCCAUCAACUCAGCGGCCUGCGCAAGCAGUUGCUGCCUCAGCUGUGGGAGACGCGUGCGGAGUUCGUGCGCGUCGACGAGGACGUGGCCGCGGCGGCCGCCAAGAACGCUCAGGUGCCUCGACACAAGACGGCCGAGGCCGAGAGCGCCGCUCACGUGCUCCUGGCCACCAGGAAGUGCCGACGACACUUUGCCCUGGAUUAUUGUCUGCAGCUCAACACGUUGAAGACGCAGCAGAAGUCGGACAUCUUGAACUCGGUGUUCUCCUUGGUCAACGCUCAGCUGACCUUCUUCCAUCAAGGCUUCGACCUCCUCCGAGAUCUGGAGCCCGCCAUGAAGGUCAUGGCCGCGCAGUUGUGCGAGCGGUCGGCCGAGUGCGCGAGCAAGCGGAAAGAUCUGGAGAACGCUCACCUGCUGGUCCAGGAGGGAGAUGCCUCAGGAGAGACGCCGGCGAGGCUGUGUGACGGAAGCGAUGACAUCAUCCAAGGUUACCUCUUCAAGCGCUCCCGAAGGAAGUCCAAAACGUGGAAGAGGUGCUGGUUCUCCAUCAGAGACAACCAACUCACCUACAGGAAGUCCCACAAAGAGGCGCCCGUGCUUCUGUUUGAGGACCUGCGACUGUGCGCCGUCAAGUCUUUGGAGGACCUGGACCUGGACCGACGGUUCUGCUUCCAACUCAUAUCUGUGCACAAGCGUUGCGUCCUUCAGGCCGACUCGGAGCCCGCGAGGCUGGCGUGGACGUCCGCGUUGCAGGGCAGCAUCGACACGGCGUACGGAGAGCGAGGCCGAGCCGCGUCGACGCAGGCACGCUCGCUCCUCAUUGGCUCCGGGAACCCGCCGCGACCGGCGAUCAUCGAUAAUAGCGACGUUCGUAAAUGUCACCCGCAGCCCCGAGAGCCCCUCCCGCCCGACGGCGACGACGACGCGGCCCAUCGGAGGACGGCGGCGCUGGCCGUGGUCUUGCGCGGCGCCGGCAACCGUCGCUGCUGCGACUGCGGCGAGGAGGAGCCGCGGUGGGCCGCCGUCAACUUGGGCGUCACCGUGUGCAUACAGUGCUCCGGGAUACACCGGAGUCUGGGCGUCCACGUGUCCAAGGUGCGCUCGCUCACGCUGGAUUCGUGGGAAGCGGAGCAGCUGAAGCUGCUGUGCGUCCUGGGAAACGACGCCGUCAACGGGAUUUACGAGGCGCGGUGUUCGCCCCGAGUCAAACCCACCGCCGAGAGUCCGCGCGCUGAGAAGGAGGCCUGGAUACGAGACAAAUACGUGGACAAGACCUUUGUGAGGCGUGACGGCGACGAUGACGGCACACACGCCGUCGAUGCCUCGCCGCCCCCGCGUCUCUACCGGGCCGCGGCGGCCGGAGAUCUGGUCGCCAUGGUGACGGCGCUGGCCCAGGGGGCGGCGGUGAACGGGAGCGUGGCGCAGGAGGAAGGGCGCACCGCCCUCAUCGGGGCCGCCCAAGGGGGGUCGCUGUUGGCGUGUGAGUUCCUGCUGCAGAACGGUGCCAACAUCAACCACAGAGACCAAAGAGGACAAGGAGCUCUCCAUGCCGCGGCCACUGCGGGACACACCGGGCAGGUGUGUCUGCUGCUGAAGCGAGGAGCCAAUCAGUACGCGGUGGACGAGGGCGGACGCGACCCGCUGGCCAUCGCCGUGGAGACGGCGCACGCGGACAUCGUGACGCUGAGACGACCAAACCUUUCAGGACAUUUUCAGAGACUUCAGCGACAUGGCGUCGCACGACCCCGAGAAGCUGGCCAGACGAACCUUCGGCCGCCCAGGAGAUUUUCAAUCUUGAGGCGACGUAAUGCCGCGCGGCUCCCGCAGAGUGAGGGAAGAGGCGGAGUUUUACGACACUUCUCGGACAGUCAAAGAGUGAAUAGAUUUGUUGUCAAACUAUUUAACACUUUCAAUGGGUUAAUCCUUUGUGAAAGUAACAGACCAUGUGCUGUCUGUUACUUUCACAAAAUCAAAUGUGGCCCUUGAGCAUUUUCGGACAUACGACGUUUCCGCCCGACGGUGACGAUAUGAACUCGAAAACAGAAAAAGUGUGAAAAACACUUCAUCGCGUUACUGCACUUGCCUACAUGAAGCUCUUUUUAUUUCAUGUGGCGCCACCAUCAGGUGAAGGCUGGAAUUGCAUUGCUAACCGGCUAAGAUGCUAACGCACUAAAGUUGCCGAAGACUUUUAUGCUCAAGGGCCACAUAUGAUUUUUAAAACUGACGGAUGGGUCAGUUCAUUCGCAGUAAAAGUUUUUUUUUUUUUUAUUAUAGAAACGUUUAUUUUAAUGACAAAAUAUUUUUUUUCAAUCAUAUGAUUUAGAAUUAUAAAUAACCAAUCAUUGAAAUAAAUCACAACAUUUAAUGUAGAUGAGACCCCCGCAUAGUUGCAGUUUGGCACCUGCGGAUUACCUAUUAGAAGUUGUUUUUCUACAUUUUCUUAUUUUUUAAUGAGGGAGUAAACCCCCGUUUUUCAUGGAACACGGUUAUUGGCGGUACUUAAGAAUUUAGGGGUUUCAAAGGUUUUUUUUUCUUCCAAUGCAAUUAUAAUGAGUAUCAAUUAUUCACAGAUUUUUCACGAAACACAAUCAAUGCUAUUUUACAAUGAAAUUACCUAUUUAUAAAAUACAUGGUAAAUGUACAGCGGAAGCCCGCUAUUCGUAGGCGCUCGAGACCGCUGGACCGCGAACAGUAAAAAUCUGCAGAUAAUUUACGCUCAUUAGUAAUGCAUUGGCAAUUUAUUUUAUUUUUUUCAAGUCCAAAACUUAUUGACUGGCAGGGGAUAAACCACAAACAAGUGUUUUCGGGAUUGGUUCCCCCAUAAAAAAUAAAAACAAAGAGAAAAAAAACAGGGAAAAAAUUGGGAUUUUUUAAAAAUGUUCUUUUAAAGAUUUGAAUAAAUAAAUCCACUGGUGCUGAGCGAGUAUGCGGGAGUCUGCUGUAUGCCUUUAUUAUAAUAAUGAAAUAAUACACAUCUGUCCAUUCUCUUACAUUUUUAAUUCACCUAAUUUUAAUUGAUUUACUAAUUUCAUAAAAUAAAUGUUAAAUGUAGGUACAAAUAUUUUGAGUAAUAUUUUUACAAACCAUGAAUUAUUCAAUUAGCUCAAUGUUUGUGGUGUUUACAUACGUUUGCGGUGUGUGUGCGUGUGUUUAUUAUCCAUCCGUCCUUUAUGAGAACACAAAAGUUGCUUGUAAUUUUGACGUUAAGAUGUUGUCACCCAGCAUGCACCACAACUUUACAGUCAAAAGUGGAAACGCAUAAUUGUUUUUGAACAGGUUUGCAAAAGAAGGCAGAAAUCAAGUUAUGUCCAAAUGUUUAAAGUGUUAGCCUCACCGCUAACAUUGUUCAUGUUUACUCUGUCACAAAGGGAACGCUUGCCUCAUUUGAAGCGCCUCCGUCAUCACUUGGGAGAUUCACGAGUGUUUACAAAGCAGCA